ACUGGGAGGAUUCCGGAAAAGCUGGGCUGGUUUUAUAAAGUCACCGCUGUCUCAAAAGAGACUGACUCAGGACAGCGUGGAGUUGUACUGCGAGGCGAUUGGCAAUCCCAUCCCCGAGAUCCAGUGGUGGUUUGAGGGGAACGAUCCCAAUGAGACCUAUGCUCAGCUCUGGGAUGGCGCACGGCAGGACCGUGUCAAAAUCAACGCCACCUACAACCUGCACUCUACCAGUACCAUCUACAUCGCAAACCUCACGAGUGACGACUCAGGCAUGUAUGAGUGCCGGGCUAGCAACGAUCCCGACCGCAACCACUUGUCGAAGAGCCCCAAAGUCAAGUGGAUCCGUUCCCAGGCGAACGUUUUUGUCAUCGAACGUCCGGACAUCAAGGCUCAUGUCGCUGAGGAUUCUGGCAAGCUGGUCCUCACCUGUAACAUGUCUGGGCCAUACUCCACCAUCAAGGGCCACGAGUGGAUGCAUGGGGACAAGGUCCUGCAAGCGGACGAGACCGACAGUGCUUUCACCAGCUACACAAUCGAGGGGAAGAUGGAGGAGCACUCUGGCAUGUAUGAGUGUGUCUACAAAACCAGCCCGGAGAUAAGAGGACAAGUGAAUAUUUCAGUUGCCCCCCAGGUGACGGCAUACAAGAAGUCUGAGCAUGGCAACGAGGGGGACACAGGUGUGCUGACCUGCAAGAAUCCCUCUUUCCCCCCUGUCACCACUUGGUCCUGGUACAAAAAUGGUGAAAGUGACCUACAGAAUGCCUCUGGGAGAUACAUCAUCAAGUCCAGCGGCAACAAGACGGAGCUGCGCAUCCUGAAACUGAACAUCGAGGAGGACACGGGCGACUAUCGCUGCAAUGCCAUCAAUUCCUACGGCUCCGGGGAUGCCACGGUGAACCUGCGCGUCCGCAGCCGCCUGGCAGCGCUCUGGCCUUUCCUGGGCAUCGUGGCAGAAGUCCUUGUUCUUGUCACCAUCAUCUUCAUCUAUGAGAAGAGGAGGAAGCCAGAUGAGGUUCUUGAUGAUGAUGAUGGAGGCUCUGCACCACUGAAGAGCAAUGCCACAAACCACAAGGACAAGAAUGUCCGCCAGAGAAAUGCAAACUAGGAGUGGGGCCAGGUGACGUGUAGAUGAAGAACUCGUCUGGACAAUUUUGGUUUCUUCUAUUUUUUUGGUAAAAUAGCACCAUGGAAUAUUCUAGUGCGUCCUUGAGAUUCAGUUACUUCACUUUCUAAGGAAACUUAGAAGAAUCUAACUUGUAGAAUCUAAAAUACACUUCUUUUUUUUAAAGAGCCAUGGGAGGGUUUUUCUACCUGUAAAUGUAAAUCCCCUGUUCCCAAUAGUCUAGGUCCCUGGCUGUCUCUGUCCUGGGUUUCUUUGUGUUGGUACAGAGUGGGGGGGUGGGAGCCACCUGUGUCCCACCUGCAUGUGGGGGUGAGGGAGGAGCUGCUUUGGUGGCUGUCAGGAGGUGACACGAUCUGACCAGAGGAUUCAGGAGGGGAGUUCUGUGUUUUUCGCAGUGCAUCACCUGGAGCAAGGCUGCACCUUUCCCUGGCAAAGGGCAUGUUCAUGGCCAGGCAGAUUCCCAGUUAGCCCCUCCUGAGCUGUUCUUGGUUCCUCUGAAACAGGCAGCCAGGAGCAGUUAGAGCUGGACACUGGAUAAAUGAUUGCUGUAACUUAUUCCAUGGGUGGUUCAUGUCCCUGCCGUGGGGAUGGGGCAGGGUGAGCUGGGGCUGGGGGUGGUUUGAGUUUUAACAGUGUGUGCUUGUGCUUGAGCCAUCGCAGUGUGUGCGUGACAUGGGGGCUUAUGAGCAGAUGAGUGCUCAGGGGAGUCUAACACCUUUACUGCUGGGUAGCAUCAAACUGUUCCAUCUGUUAACACUUCACAAAUAAAAAUGAUUCCUCUCUCUUUUUUCCA